GGAAAAAAGACACCGUCACGACGGUAUGGAUUGUAAAAAUGUCUGGGUCUGGAAGAUUGCAACUUGUCAAGCAAAAUCUGAAUCAUGCAGAAAUCUCUGUUGCAUGAGUGCCAAAAGCAUUCCACUUUCGACCAAGUUUGGAGGGAGUUUCUCAUGCAGGAUAGGCAUGGCAUUGGCAGAGAGAGAGACCUCACAGACUCUGUCAUGCUAGGUCCCGCAUUCCAGACCUCACGAGUCAUGGAAAACCUGCAUGACAAGUUUUUACACUCUUUCAGACCCAGACAUUUUUGCAUUUGAUAGACGGAGCACUACGUCGAAAGGUGCACGAGCUUCAGUUACUUCCAAGAUUCCGCGGACAACUUUCGGCGCUUCCUUUAUACAAUGUACAACGACAGCGACAAAUUGUUUUCCUCCAACACGGGCCGAGCGCUGAUGAAGAAGAAAAACAAGCCGAACCCCUCGGAGAAGAAGAAACAGGCGGAAAAGCAGA